AUGGAAAAAGAAUUCUUCGCUCAGUUGGAUAAUCCUUUGCUUGGUAAAGCAUUUAAAUUAGCAAUGAUAGCUGAAUGGCUUGCUACCAAUAGUAUUGAU